UAUUCUCUUUUUUACGUCAAUCCAUUUUAAUUCUUUAUGAUAUUUUCUGAGCAACUUUAAUUCUUUUACAAGGGAACUAAUGGAUUUACUCUCUUAGAUGCAUAUUUUGUUAGAAACACAAGUUUUGGGUAAAAGAGUUCAGUGCCACAUCCUUUUUUUAAUCGAGUCCGAGUAGAAUGCUUACGCUGAAAAAAUAAAAAUAAAAAAAACUCGGCCUAAUGUUAGUUGCCCCAGACGAGAAGUUGAUUCCCGGCCCGAGACCCAAAUCUGUUGGCCGUCGCAUGCCGAUUCGCCGGUGGUCCGCCGCUACAUGCGAUCUGCUUCCCCAUCCGUGUGUGAAUCUUCCCCUCCCCACCGAUUUUUGCUCCUACGAGAGAUCCCCAAAUUCCAAUCAACAAGAUGUGUAUCGGCAAGCCGGGCACAGCAGCCGCAGGUCCACACCAGCCGCCGGCGACAGUCCGAGCACCGCUGCCGAGCACCGCGUCCUCAGUCCGCUGCCGAGCACCGCAUCCGCAGUCUGCGCGUCGACACCGGGCACCGCGUCUGGACGUCCACUCCAGCCUCCGUCAGACAUCAUUUUUGUCGACGGUGGAAGGCUCUUGCCAUGGCCCCGGCUUAGAUCGUGCACAAGCGCCAGCAGCAACAUCGGCAGUGGAGCGGACGACGGCUUCGUUCCUGCCGUUGGUGCGUGCUGACGGGCGGUGGCGAUCGACGCGAUUCAGCUGGGUCCUGGGUGCGUGGGACAAAGCGUGUGGCGCCUCUUCGGCACCCUCGCCCCGCACGCUCGCCCCGCGCCGCGCCGUGUCAGUCGCCGCCCGCUCGCCGUAGCGCCGGCUAGCAUUCUCGCCCCGCUCGCCCCGCCGCUGGAGUGCAUAGUGCUCGUGACAUCAACAAGUACUUGCCACGGCCGCACUACGACCCCCAGUCCAAGGACAGGCUCAAGGCUCUCAUGAAUGUAAUCACAACCUUUCCUUCCCUUUAUUCAGUUUUUGUCACUUAUUUUGUCAAUUGGGCAUCGUGUUCUUCACCUGUGUAUUCUAAUUUCUACUACUUGUGUGAAGAAGCAAUGUAAUCUCCGUUUCUGAAUCAAUGUUUUUUCAGUAAUCAAACUUCCAAAUGCCGUCCCUCUA